ACUCACACGGCUCCGUGAUCCGGCCGUCAGCGAUGGCUCCCCGCCUCUUUGGUGAGUGCCGGCUGUAGCAGCACCUUCUGCAGGGCAGUCGGGUCAGGGAUAAUCAGGCUGGACAGAGAGGAGAGCACCACAGCUGAGGCGUGUGUGUGUAGUCCAGGACAGUCAUGCCGCUGGUGAAGCGGAGUAUCGAGCCCAGGCACCUCUGCCGGGGGGCGCUGCCUGAGGGGGUGACCAGUGAGCUGGAGUGUGUGACCAACAGUACUUUGGCUGCCAUCAUCAAACAGCUGGGAGGACUCAGUAGACAUGCAGAGGACAUCUUUGGGGAGCUGUUCAACGAAGCUAACAGCUUCUAUAUGCGUAUGAACAGCUUACAGGAGAAAGUGGACCUGCUGGCGGUCAAGGUUACACAACUGGACUCCACUGUCGAAGAGGUGUCCCUGCAGGACAUCAACAUGAGGAAGGCCUUCAAGAGCUCCACCAUUCAGGACCAACAGGUGGUCUCCAGAAACUCCAUCCUGAACUCGGUCAUGGAGAUGUACCAACGCUGUGAUAAACCACCUCCACUCAACAUCCUCACUCCAUACAGAGACGACAAGAAGGACGGCCUCAAGUUCUACACAGAUCCUUCUUACUUCUUCGACCUGUGGAAGGAGAAGAUGCUUCAAGCCACCGAGAACAAGAGGAAGGAGAAGAGACGACAGAAGCAAGAGCAGAAACACCUAGAAGACCCCACUCGGGAGGUGAAGAAAGUGCGGAAGGCUCGGAACCGUCGGCAGGAAUGGAACAUGAUGGCGUAUGACAAAGAGUUCCGGCCAGACACUCGCCUCACGCCGUCCCCCUACCACGGCAUAUCGUCUGAGGGCUCUUUAUCUCCUGACCGGUCUGGUAUGUCAGAUGAGCAUUCCUAUCCUGCCAGCCCUAAUCACCCUCAGGACAUGGGUGGAGCAGGGGCUGAUGGGAAAGAUUCUGGCCCAACUCAGACUCAGUCUCUGGACCGUGCUUACCGCCCUCCUGCCUCUGCCACUGCCGCAGCUGCCCGUCAGCACUCUCUGGGCCGUGUGCAGCAGCACCACGGAGCUCCGCCCCCAGACUCCUCCCUCAACGGCCCACGACCCACAGCUGCCAAAGAAUACAGUGGUCAUCAGAUGCCAGAGCACUUUGUUCCUCCUGCACCUCCUCCCCCUCCCCCGCUGAUCCCCUCUGCUCAGACCGCUUUCGACAGCACCUCUGGACCUCCAGCCCUGGCCCCUGGCACAGUGGCUGCUCUGUCCCGCCCCUACAGCCCAUCUCCUCCCCCCGCCCCGCCCUCAGCCUACGCCCCCUCACCGUCCCACCCCGUGAGCGGUGGACCCCCAGUCGCUCCACCUCCUCCCCCUCCAGGACCCCCGACCCACGCUCCAUCUCCAGCCAGGGCCGCCAUACACGUGUCUGGAGAGGCCACACUGCCCAGGAAGGGCCAGGUGCCUCUAAUCCCCAUGAGCGACGCCCGCAGCGACCUGCUGGCCGCCAUCCGCAGAGGCAUCCAGCUGCGAAAGGUGCAGGAGCAGAGAGAGCAGGAGGCUAAGAAGGAGCCAGUGGGCAACGACGUGGCCACCAUCCUGUCUCGCCGCAUCGCUGUCGAAUACAGCGAGUCAGACGAGGAAUCGGAGCCUGAGGAGAACGAGUGGUCCGACUGAGGUGGGAGGAGUCUGCCACCUCUGGCUGUGCCGUACACGCUGCUGCUAAUUUCCCAUUACCAGGUCACACACACUUUCCUCAUACAGACGGACGGUCCUCUCAAGAAUGAGGAGUAUAAAAAAAGAAACAGAGCUGGAAAUAAAGAAGUGUAGGAAAAGUAGGAACGACUGAAACAGAGGAGAGCAGAGGAGAGGGGAAGAGAAGACACAGGGCUUGUGUGCAAUAAACAAGAAAAAGUAUUAAGAAAGUGUGAAAGAAAGAAAGAAAGAAAGAAGGGACAGGAAGGAAACAAGAACACUGAAAAAAUGAAUGCAAAUAUUUGAUUUAUUCAAAUAUAUACGCAAUUUUCACAUGAAUAAAAUGUAUCGCAUAUAUUUAUAUUGCAUUACAAAUAAACUCAUACGUAUAUAUUUCAUAUUUAUACCACAGUUAGUUCCAAUCCCACAGUGUUGCUGAGGGGCAUUCUGUGAGCGCCAGUAUCUUCUGACCGAAGUAUCACUUCACCUUAUUCACCUGUAACGCAGGCCCACCAGCCACUGUAGAAAAGUAAUAGCUGUAAAAAAAGUAACAGGUUUAAAAUUACAAGUAACAAGUCUAUAUCUAAAUGAAUCAGUGAUCGUUUGAGAGAACCUCUUGCAACGUGUCAAAAAUACCCCCCCUCGAUUCUUAUUUCAAGAACUGCUUUCUAGAGAGUUAAUAUAGUAGCUCAGUCACUGAAAUUAUAAUGGUACAUAGGUGAUUAGAAAUGUAGGGGUUUGACUGGCCUUUUCUAUGUUUUUUGGUACCCUCUCAAUAUCGUUACCAGCAGGGUCUAGUCACGUUCGAUAUUCUUCUCUGUAUUUAGUGCCAUUUGCAGCUGAAGCCAACAACAAUUUAGCAAACUCUUUACUCUUCCAGGUCAGGAUAAAGCUGCCAAACACUUGACCAGUAUAACCAAUACAUGACAUAAAUUCACAAAAAUGUGAACUAAAAUGGUUUGUUGAUGUGUCAACUGCUAUUUUUUAGAAUUACUUUGUAAAGAGUUCAUUAUAAGGUUAGAUGAGCUGGUUAAGAGGCUAAUGUUGUUAGCAUUUAUGCUAGCCUGCACAGAAGUGUUUUUUUUCUUGUAUUUACUCACUUGACAGAGACAAGCACACUAUAUUAUAUCGUGUCAGCACUAAAACUAGAGUAACAGCUGGUUCUUCAGUUCCCACUCGAAAAAAAAACUGUAGCUUUUCUUGACUUUAUAGAACUGUUGUUUCAUAUCAGCCAGUUAAGCAUAAGGUCAGCUAACUAGCAUGCAGGGUAGCUAAUCAGCCAGAUUUUACACUUCAGGGCAGUGUGUCCGAGCCCUGCUCCUGGAGGCACACUUCCCUACACAUUUUAAUGGUUUCCCUGCACCCAGCACACCUGAUGCAAGUAAUUAGCUCAUUAGUGUUAAAGCAGGAAAACACUACAAUGUGCAAGUCACUGUGCCUGCAGGGCCAAAGUUGGGAAACACUGCUUUAGGCGGCGCUCAGAUGAUGCCUUUUCGCCUCCUUCGAGCAUAUUUGGUUUUUUGAUGUUUUUGUUUAUGGGGCUUCGUGCACUGAGACUAAAAAGCAAGUAGGUUUUAGUUGAAAACCUUCCACUUUUAUGCUGAGCGCCCACAAAUGAGUACUGGACAUCAUGUUUCUACUCAUUUCUGUGUGAACUUCUUUCAAUUUUGGAAAACAGAAGGAUGUAUUCCAUUAAAAUAAAAAAUGAAAACUAUGAGUAUUUUUCAAACAGCAAACAGGUUUUGGGCAUUACUGCUGCUGAGUGCUGAUUGGUUCACAAGCUGAUCAGCUCAUUGGUAAAGCUCGAGUAAAGCGGUUUGCACUCACUGAUGUCGUGAACGCACAUAAAGCAUUGUUACAAAGUCCUAUAACUGGAGUUCAAAAGCACUUAGCACUUCUAUAAAUAUAGAAAUACUUUAUUCUUUUCCCUGUUGAGAAAAUGAGUGCAUCUUUCUUUUUAAAAGUGAAGCACAAGAUCUCCUUUCAUUUUGGACUCGAUCAGGAGCGCCCUCUAGUGUCUGACAAACUCAGAGGGCAUUACUGAGUGCCAGUACUCUUCACUACACAUUCUCUGGUUAAGCCACCCCAUAAGAAAGGCAUCCAGCUUCUUUAGAAGCACGAGAUUCAGUACCUCACUUUUAAAAAGGCAUCACCUGAACGCCCCCUUAGAGUGACCAAAAAGAUAACUCAGUUGUUAAUUAUGGUUAUUACAAUGGUUAUAGCAGUCUCUCAAGCAGGUGGAAUAUGAGCUAGACCUAGAACCCUAGAACCCUAGAACCAUUGCUUUGGGUCAGUUCUAUGUUUUCGUAUGUGCAGCGGAAAAACACCCUAAUAAUAAAUACCUUCGACAUCACACCAGUGUCAGUAUAUCACUCAGCCACUAAAAGGGCCAUAUUAAAAAAUCUUAACAAAUUUGUGGGCCAGAAAACACCUAUGUUUUUAUUUCAUUAAAAUAAUAUUUCACUACAACCUGUACUCGUCAGUGUUUAUUCAAAAUACGCCAAAACAUCAACAGCAAAUAGGCAUUUUGUAGCAUGCGGGGGAUUGUAGUGCAGUGCAUUGUGAAACGGGCUAAUAUUAUUAAAAAAUUAACAUAAUUUUGCAGGCUGGAUAGGAUUGUGCCAUUGUGUUUGAUGUAUGGGCACUAAACAAUGCAAAUAUAUGACAUACGUUACAGUUUAAAACCCAAACACUGACAAAAGUAAGUAAACAGAAAAAUAAAACUAUAUUGAGGUAAAAUAUGGUACUAAUAGCUGCUGAUAGAUGUUAUUUGGAUACAAAAGAAGUACAUAUUUGAAUCACGUAAAUGCAUUAUUUUUUCAGAGAAGGAAGAAAGAUGUAAAGCAGUGAAGACAGAAGAGUCAGCGUUAAAGGGAGGGUGAAGUGUAAAUUGGCAGUAAGCACAGAAAUCAUACAGUAUACAGUGUGAAAAUUAACUUAUAUACAAAUGUAUGGUUACGUUUCUUUACGAGUUGUUCGAAGUUGCCAGGAAAAUCUUUAUGGAAAAGAUAUCUGUUGUGUGCUUUUGAUUCCGAUUUUCUUUUUAUAUUCGUCCAGAUGACAAAAUACAUACUCCAGCCUUUGCAGUCUGCACCAUAAAAAAAAGACAGACAUCCAUUUAGCAGUGGUAUAUGCACUUGUAUUAACUUUAUGUAAAGAGGCAUGACCCAGUACUGCUUCCAGUAUGAAUUCAUUCCAGGAUAUCUCUCUUCUGCUUCACGCUCUGUCAGUAUGAUAUGGACAAUCAAAGUCAGUACAGCUUACUCUACAAAUGCGCACAUUCCUUUUACAGCGAUCAGAUUGCUCUGAUAUUUAAUUUGUCACUUUGUUCAAUUGUGGACAGUGUUGUAAUGAAUAUUGACCCUAACUUACCGUGAUUGUCAUUGUUUUUUUUAAUGGACGCUUUGUUGACUUGGGAAGACUCGACGUUGUUGUCUUUUUGUUUGCUUGUUUGUUUUUUUCUUUCCUCUAGUGCUAACGAUUAAUGAUCAGAGAUGGCGUUAGGUGACGGAGCGCGUAUAGGGAGCCGAGGCUAUGUAUGUCUGUGUGUUCGUUACUGUGAGAGCGAGAGUGAAAGUGAGUGCGACGAGCUGGAAGACUGGAGCUAUUAACAUCCAAUUUUUAUGUUGUGCUGUCUGUUUCACACAAGCCUCUUCAUGCUUUUAGACCUAAACAUUACUACAAUAUAUUCCACAGCGGAGAUGAAUCGCUGCACACAGGCUCUGUCGUAAUCUGUCAUUACGGUCUAUAAUUUGUAACUAUACAGUAUUGAUGUGUUUUACAAUUUAUUGUUGUAUAGAUUUUUGUAACACUGCUUGUAAGAUGAUUUUGGGUAUCUAGGUAUAAAAUGACUAUCUAUCACACAGAAUAAAUAUAGACGAAUAUGCAUGUAUGAGUAGUUAAUAAAAUGAAAGAAAAACCUC